AUGAAGGCAUCAAGAAGUGCCGAUGGUCAAGCUACACAACGCACACCGUCUGAAGAAGAUGCAAGCGCCACCUCAUACAAAAGACGGAGGGUUUCCAAGGCCUGCAAUUGGUGCCGACAAUGCAAACUUAAGUGCAACGGCGCAGUGCCCUCGUGCCGAACGUGCCUUGAAGCCAAGAGGAUGUGUUCGUAUGGAACUACAGUGAAGCGACGAGGCCUCAGGACUGGCUAUGUCCGAGCUCUUGAGUGCUUAUGGGGAUUGGUCUUCCAGUCGGUUGAGGGAAGCGAAACCACUGUUGAAAGACUCAUCUCAAGCACAUCCAGAAGAAGUUUCUGGUUUAGGGAUGAUAUUCGGGACGGUCCUAAGCCUGGUGAAUCACCGGUAGAGGCAUGGAAGUCAAGCAGGAUUCCUCAAGCCCUAGACUCACUCCUGACCUCCAGUGAAGACUUGGAAGAUGACUAUCAAACAUCCGACCCAACAAAAUCGUGGCUGCAGACGAAAGACUCGAGUACUACGUGGGCCUUACCGAGCCACUCUCCCACACAACCACCGACCAAUGCGGGCAUGGAAGGACAGAUUCUCUGCCAGCGCUGCCGAUGCGAGAUUCAUGAGCAAACCAACCUUCCAUGUACCAAUUCAAGUCAAUCAGGUCAUUCUACUCUCCCAGAAUUGCCGCAAAAUCCUCAAAGGUUACUCGACAGCUAUUUCGCACUUACUCACAGCUGGUUUCCAAUCGUGGAACGCCAUGCCAUCUACAAGUCCCUAUACUCGUACCGCAAAGCGCUCGCCGGCAAAAAUUGCGACGAUAAUACUUCAGCUUGUAAUGCCGUUCUAUGGGCCGCAUUUGCGUACGCUGCACUGAUAUCCGAUGCCUGGAACCAGGGAGAACAGCCACGACAGAGAUCUUCAAUGCCUGUGGAAGAUAUAUACAUGACAGCAAGAAAUUUCAUCCCACUGGAGAGGACCGACGACUAUGCGAUAGGCCAUGUGCAAGCACUUACUAUCCUUGCACUAUUCCACUAUUCUUCUUGCGAGUGGGGUGUCGCUUCGAUAGUGACAGGUCAGGCCACUUUGCUCGCCUCGCAUAUCGGGUUUGAUCAGGAAGAUAACUGCCAGAAUGACCAUCAUCAACGCGUCUGGCUUGCAUGCUUCCUACUGGAUACUUUGACAUCGGCACAUACCGGAAAAGCUCCUCGUUUGCGACCGCAGCAUGUGCAAUCGUUGCUGCCACUGGACGACCCAGGAGAUGAAGACUGGGAGCCAUGGCAUCUCCAAGAAGCACUUCUGCCGGGAGUAGAAGCCGAGGAGGCAGAGUUUAGAUUGCCGACCUACGCCAUCAGUGUCUUCAACCAACUACUCAGAGUUCUCUGCCUUCUUAAUGACCAGAUAUGUAUUUCGUCGACACAAACUGACGAAGACUGCAUGCGAAUACUAGAAACGUGGCACGACGGGCUACCCGAACACAUCAAAGCCUUCUUUGGAGACGACUCCAGAACAGCGGAUCCAAGCAUUAUGCCUCCAAACAUACUGAAUCUUCAUAUGGUCGUCUUCUUGUUAUGUAGCAAGCCUCUCAGCCCUGAUAAGCAUCAACAACCUUCGGUCGGCACAGAAUACUGCCAGGAAGGGCAAAAUUUAAUCCAUGGACUUGAACGCUUCUUGAGCUGCUUCAAUCAACGAGCUCUGCCGCCCCUUUUUCACCUCACAAGGACUAUGCUGCAUCAAGAGACGACUGAUCCAAGUUCAAUAUCUGAAGUUAUGUCGCAGCUGAAAAGGAAAAUCCAUUCCCAGGGAAGUGCUGUGCAUUCGCAGCCGCCUCUCGACAGUAGUCAUAUUGCGAGGCAAGAGAACAACCAGGAUCAUACCACGUCCCAAAACCACGAUCGCCCUUGGCCAACUGAGAGGAUGCACCCGGCACGCUGUUCCGACUUGUCUCUACCUGCCAAAGGUCUUGUUGUCGACAGAGUUCAGACUGAACCGACAGUCCCAGAUAGCCUGGACGACGGUAUGGAGCAGAGCUUUGCGGGGUUCAUGGAUAUGCCUGGCUCCUGGUCGAACCUUACAACUGAUCUACUCUUGGAUCCUCAAGCCGGCCCUUCGGGAGAUCUUGGCUCACAUCUCGCACAAUUUGAGCUCCCCACGGCCGGCAGCGAUGGAAUCUUGUCGCAGAGCGCGUUGUUUGGCGAGGAUGCUACACUGAACUAUUUCAGUGCCUGGGACGAUCUGGAGAUACACGGCCAGGAUCAGUUCAAAAGAAAUCUCGGUUAUGCACCCUAGACGGGACAUGACUAACUAAGGCAAUCUCGACGCAGCUAGAUUCUUGCGGAGCGGAAGGGUAGCCUCAUCUUUCCUGGAACUCCAUAUCGCAAACCAAGACCUCUUCGAAGAGUUUGGGUCGACACUCCGCAAUGAUCCUGCAUGAGUUAGGGCCAAACGUGAAUUUGAGGGGUCCGUUCUGGUUCAGUCCAAGGACGUUCCUUGGAUGACUAGAUCUGGGUUGGACAGCAGAAAUGGAGUGAAGGACUCACUUUUCAUGUGCAGGAUGUUCUGCAUACACCAAUGCAUCUUCGGGAUUUUCCAGCACAGCUACCAGCGAGAUGUUGAAGCCUUUGGCCUUUUCCGCGGUGGCUGGCAGUGGAGCGCCAACAUCAACGUAUUUGAGUCCUGAUGCAGGGACCCAGUGACCAUUUAGCUUGUCGAGUUUUACAGGUUGAAGUGUGGCUGUUCCUACCCGGAACCACCCCUACCAGCCCAUGCACUUGUUGCUUCCAAUACUCUAGCAGAGGUUCUUCGUAGACUGGCAACAGUUUAAACAGAACUAUGCGAGGUCAAUAGGAUGUCAGGGCGAAACACCUGAGGGGCCAAAAAACAUGGAAGAGCCAAGGAGGCAAAGGAAGGCCAUUCGAGCAGCCGCUGGAGAGGGCUUACCAAUGUGAUAGACGCCCAUUGUGACGAAAGACGUGUUCAAAGCGACAUACGUCUGCCGUCGUUCACUUGAGCGUAGGUGCAGAGUAUUUGUAGCUAGGUCAACAAGCGGACUGGUCCGCCUGCCUACAUGAGCAUUUAUCC